AUGAACAAUACUCCGGUUGAAGUGUCCGCGCAGCCGGCGCAACCACCAAAAUUCCUGCGCUACAGGUCCGUCCGGAAAACAAUCGUAGAGGAGCAGAGCCGCGAUCGCGAUCAUGAUCAUGAACCGGUCCCCUCUUUGCCGGAAACCUCACCUGUAGCGCAAUCGUCAAUUACCCGUUUGCCCUCGAGGUAUCAUCGCAAAACUAAGCCCACUGCAGAGCACUCGCCUGUACCAAGCCCUCAAGCCCUCCCUCCGCAACACCAUACAGGAAAGAACGAUCAUACGACACAGCCUGCCGUCGCAUCCGUUCCUACGAAGGCCAAGAACAGCGAACCCCGAAAGAACAAUGUCGAGCGAAGUCAGAGACCUUCGACCAGAGAAACUCGAAGUAAAGAAAGUGGAGGCACCCCUCGCUCUACAGAGGAGCACCCCAGCCCAGAUCGCCUGCGUAGAUCUUACGAGGCUGCUCGGGAAGAAGCGCGCCUCAUCCUAGAAGGAGAGUUCGACCGAUUAAAGAUAUUGCGAGAGCAAGAAGCGAUACGCCGCCAUGACCAACGAGUGCGACAGGAAGAAGUAAAGAAACGGGAACAAGAACGAUUGGAUCAGAUCGCCCGAAAGAAUACUUCUCAGGCGAAAAUCGAGGCCAAGAGACCUGGAGGGCUACAUCUGGACGGUGAUGAAACCAAACUAACCGCUGAGACAGACAAACAGGGCACUGUUGAGACGCAAGAGCCGGCUUCCAUGACAAAAUCACGGCGAUUUGUGAUCGGAGGGCCUCCAUCUUCUCAGAGAGAGAAGAGGAAACAUCGCCGAAUCUCAUCUGCCAUCGAGCCUCGUCACUCCAGUCACGGGCUUUUGCAGCAGGAGACCUCCCACAAUAACCCGGAUGAGAAACGUAACAGUGCACCAACAGCAAACGCACCGAACUUUGAUGCUCCAGUAUCAGCAGUCAAUUCAGGUGAAAGACGAGUCAGCGUCAAAUGUAAGGACUCAUCUAUUACACUUCCUAUAAAUCCUUCCACUACCUGUAAGGAAAUUCUGAAUUCGGCCGCUUUGGUCAUGUCAGAACCAAUUGAUGCCCGAACAGCAGUUCUCGUUGAGUGUUUCUCACAGCUUGGUCUGGAGAGACCAUUGCGGAGAUAUGAAAGAAUACGAGAUGUCAUGAACUCGUGGGACAGUGACGGCCAGCACUACCUUCUUGUUAUGGAGGCGAGUGAAGUAGCCGCGCGCGGUCUGCACUUUGGAGACGUGCCUGCUAAGCAACCGCUUGGGACUGCAGUUCAGAUGUAUCAUUCGCCCAGGCCUGGCAGGUGGGAUAAGCGAUGGCUGAAACUAUGGGACAACGGACAAAUCAGUGUGUCGAAGAACGAGAGUGGCAUGGAUUGCAUCAAUAUCUGUCAUCUGUCGGACUUUGACGUGUACACGCCUACAGGCAAGCAGAUCAAGAAGCUCAAGCCACCAAAGAAGCUGAGCUUCGCACUCAAGAGUCAACAGAAGGCGUCAAUGUUUCUCAAUGGCGCGAAUUUUGUUCACUUCUUUUGUACCAAAGAGAAGGACGUCGCCGAUCAGUGGUACCGAGGCGUUCAUUCAUGGCGGAGUUGGUACUUGGUCAAUAUGCUGGGUGAGGGCCAGCAGAAGGAGACUGUCCCUUCCAUGGGACAGGAAGGAGAGCUCCGUCCGGGUACGGGCAAUUCCAAAGAGUCAACACCCUAUGUGCUUGGAUCGUUCAAGCCACUGCUAGACUUUGGACUUAGCAGGCCGAGUAUCGAGGGCACCAGACAGGCCGAUGCUGACCUGCUCAAGCGGCCCUCACAAGACAGCCUACCUAGACCACUGAUUGACCAAGUCCCGAACAAGGCAAGUCUUGAUCUCCAACGAGGAGGAUCAGUCCGAAUGACAUUGAAAUCACAAGCCCGUCCAUAUUCUCGUCGGAACGGGCCACUCGAAUCAUCAGGGCAGGCCAAAGUAUUGGAUGAGGCUGAAGAAAGUGCCUUUACUGGAAAAGGUCUUCUCGCUCGCCAUGCCACGCAGAGAUCACAAGGCGGGAGUCGUUCUGGUCGAGGCGUCUCUGGCGUGGAGGGCAGGCCACUGGUCGAUCUUCAUCCUACCAGUGAAUUCACAGAUGGAAGUCUGCUCCGCAAGAUUGAAGCCUGGACGGCGCAGGAAGGGACUAUGACUCCGAAGAUCGAUAGACAAAAGAGAACUGAAGUUAAUGCACCCGUGGGAGAGGGGACUUGA